UCAGCAGUCAGCUGAAGACCUUGCGCGAGUACCUGCCAACUCCACUAGCAAUAUCUUGAACAGGCUGUUGGUCAGUUAUGAUCCCAGGAUAAGACCAAAUUUCAAAGGUAUUCCUGUUGACGUAGUAGUCAACAUUUUUAUUAACAGUUUUGGAUCCAUUCAAGAGACAACAAUGGACUAUAGGGUUAACAUCUUCCUGAGACAAAAAUGGAAUGAUCCCAGAUUGAAGCUCCCUAGUGAUUUUAGGGGCUCAGAUGCACUGACAGUGGAUCCCACGAUGUACAAGUGUUUGUGGAAACCUGACUUAUUUUUUGCAAAUGAAAAAAGUGCCAAUUUCCAUGAUGUAACCCAGGAAAAUAUCUUGCUCUUUAUUUUUCGGGAUGGAGAUGUUCUUGUCAGCAUGAGGUUAUCUAUUACUCUUUCAUGCCCUUUGGACUUGACGUUGUUUCCCAUGGAUACACAACGUUGCAAGAUGCAACUCGAGAGCUUUGGUUACACAACUGAUGAUUUACGAUUUAUCUGGCAGUCAGGAGAUCCUGUUCAAUUAGAAAAAAUUGCCUUGCCUCAAUUUGAUAUUAAAAAAGAAGAUAUUGAAUAUGGUAACUGUACAAAAUACUAUAAAGGCACUGGCUACUACACAUGCGUGGAAGUCAUCUUCACCCUGAGGAGGCAGGUCGGGUUUUACAUGAUGGGUGUCUAUGCCCCGACCUUGCUGAUUGUGGUUCUCUCCUGGCUGUCCUUCUGGAUCAACCCAGAUGCCAGUGCUGCCAGAGUGCCCCUAGGUAUCUUCUCAGUGCUCAGCUUGGCCUCGGAGUGCACCACUCUUGCUGCUGAACUUCCCAAAGUAUCCUAUGUGAAGGCGCUCGAUGUUUGGCUCAUUGCUUGUCUCCUCUUUGGGUUUGCUUCACUGGUGGAGUACGCUGUUGUCCAGGUGAUGUUGAACAACCCCAAAAGAGUUGAAGCAGAAAAAGCCAGAAUUGCUAAGGCUGAGCAAGCAGAUGGAAAAGGUGGAAAUGCAGCUAAAAAGAACACUGUGAAUGGUACAGGGACUCCUGUUCACAUUAGCACUUUGCAGGUUGGUGAGACCAGGUGCAAAAAAGUUUGUACUUCUAAGUCUGAUCUGAGAUCUAAUGACUUUAGCAUUGUUGGAAGCUUACCAAGAGAUUUUGAAUUAUCCAAUUAUGACUGCUAUGGAAAACCGAUUGAAGUCAACAAUGGACUUGGGAAAUCUCAGGCAAAGAACAGCAAGAAGCCUCCCCCUGCCAAACCUGUUAUUCCGACAGCAGCAAAGCGAAUUGAUCUUUAUGCAAGAGCAUUGUUUCCUUUCUGCUUCUUGUUCUUCAAUGUUAUCUAUUGGUCUAUAUAUUUAUGAUAAAUCUUUUCCAUUUGUAUAAAAUAAAAUCUGAUCUCAUUGUGACCAGCCCCAUUCAUAAAUGCCAGUCUGUGAAAAUGUUUGCAUUUUCGUAGCAAUAUAUUGCCAUUUUGGAUGCUAUUUGAUUGUAAUAAAAAUGUGGCACCUUAAUUUUGAAUGGCAGCAUGAUCUUGUAAUGUCCAUGCUCUAAUAACGAUGUAUAUAUGUAUAGGCAAAAUAUUGCUUUAAGAAUAAAUGAAGGAUAGGCAUACUACAUAAUAUAAAUCCAAACAAUUAUCUUCAGUUAGUGCGAACUACAGAUACUUCAGAUAAUUCUGAUAAUAAAAUGAUGUGCACGCUGAAUCCUGUUGUCACCAUUCUAUUGUAUGUAGUAUUUCAAAUUUCCUUCCUUGUAACUUUCAAAGAAAGUCAUCUUAUUCUUGUAUGAUUUUAGAUGAUAUUAUCACAGAUUAAACGAAGUUGUAUUACAUAUUAUUUAAACGUUGUAAGUAGAAAUAUAUCAGUUAUAAUUAUGCAAGCUCUGUGGAGAAAUAAAGUUCAAAAAAUUAU